UUUAUUUUCUUUUCCUCAUUUCACAAGGAGUUACAAAGGGAAAGUUAAUUUGUGUAUGUUUGUCAAAGUUCUGCGUCGCAUACAGUCACAAGAGGAGCAAGAGGAUUUUUGGCUGGGUGGUUAAUGAUACAUAGCUCUGGUCAGAGAGUAGUAUGCAGGGGAGGGGCUGCACAACUCACCCCCUUAAAUGACACUUUGCUAUGUAACACCAUAUAACACAGAGUAUAAUCUUUCCCUGAGCUGAUGCACACAAACCUGCAUUACUCCAAGGGCAAAAAGCAACUCCAACUGGAUUUCUUCUUCCCAUGUGCCUGAACGUUUUAAAUACUUAAAAUAAUAAAGCACCUAAGGAGUUUGCAUCUCAAUGGCUUCAUCGUGCAUUUUGAUCAAAGGAGGUAAGAUCGUUAAUUCUGAUUGCUCGGUUCUGUUGGACGUCUACAUAGAGAAUGGGUUGGUCAAGGACAUCGGAAAGAAUCUGCAGCCGGAUCACUGCGCCGAUCUGAAAGUGAUCGAUGCGACCGGCAAACUGGUAAUCCCAGGUGGGAUCGACACCCAUACACACAUGCAAUUUAUUUUCAUGGGCACCCAAGCUGUUGAUGACUUCUUCACUGGAACCCAGGCGGCUGUGGCCGGGGGCACAACCAUGAUUCUAGAUUUCGCCAUACCCAAGAAAGGAGAGUCGCUAAUUGAAGCCUAUGAGACAUGGAGGAGCUGGGCAGAUGCCAAGGUUUGCUGUGACUAUUCCCUGCACGUGGCUGUUACCUGGUGGAGUGAUAAGGUCAAGGAAGAAAUGGGAAUCCUUGUGAGAGAUAAAGGUGUCAAUUCCUUUAAAAUGUUCAUGGCUUACAAAGACCUGUACAUGGUUAAUGAUUCCGAGCUCUAUCAGGCCUUUUCCUGCUGUAAGGAUAUCGGGGCAGUCGCCCAAGUACACGCGGAAAAUGGAGAUCUCAUUGCAGAGGGUGCCAAGAAAAUACUCUCCUUGGGCAUCACGGGGCCUGAGGGACACGAGCUUUGCCGACCAGAAGAAGUAGAGGCAGAAGCCACCCAAAGAGCAGUCACCAUCGCUAACUCUGUCAACUGCCCUCUGUAUGUGGUGCACGUGAUGAGCAAAUCUUCCGCCAAGGUCAUUUCUAAUGCGCGGAGAGAAGGCAAAGUGGUAUUUGGGGAGCCUAUAGCCGCCAGCCUUGGGACUGACGGAACUAAUUACUGGCACCAUGAAUGGAGUCACGCGGCAGCAUAUGUGAUGGGACCGCCACUGCGCCCAGAUCCUUCCACCCCGGACUAUCUCAUGAACCUGCUGGCCAAUGAUGAUCUGAGCACAACAGGGACAGACAACUGCACCUUUAAUACAUGUCAGAAAGCGCUGGGAAAGGAUGACUUCACCAAGAUCCCCAAUGGAGUCAAUGGAGUGGAGGAUCGCAUGUCUGUUAUUUGGGAAAAGGGAGUGCACAGCGGCAAAAUGGACGAGAACAGGUUUGUGGCCGUCACAAGCGCCAACGCUGCAAAGAUUUUCAACAUUUAUCCAAGGAAGGGAAAGAUUGCCGUGGGAUCUGACGCUGAUAUUGUCAUUUGGGACCCUAAAGCCACAAGGACCAUUUCUGCCAAAACUCACCAUCAAGCUGUGAACUGCAACAUAUUUGAAGGGAUGGAGUGCCAUGGAGUCCCCUUGGUGACCAUCGCUGGAGGCAGAGUGGUGUAUGAGAAUGGAAUUCUGCAUACGGUGGAAGGACAUGGAAAGUACAUUUCUCGGAAGCCAUUCGCUGAUUAUGUCUAUGGCCGGAUACACCAGAGAGAUGCUGUAUGCCAGCCAGUACCAGUACAGCGUGAGCCAUACAAAGGAGAUGUGAUCCAAUUAUAGUGUGAAAUCAACCUUGAUGCUCCACAUACUGUGAACAAG